AUGUCCGUUGCUGACAGUGUCUCUGUUCUUAAUGGAGAUCGCUCUCAUAUCUUCACCGGCUUUGGAACUUGCAAAAGCCCGUUUUUGCUGUUCCUCUUACAGCGACUUCGUAAUGCCGAAGUUGGCGACAGGAAUCUCGACGGACUUGUCGCUGAUGGCGAGGUACGCGGUACAUGUAGCGAGCUGUUUGACGACGAUGACGAUGAAGCGGGUGUUGUUGGUGUGAGCGGAGUAGUGGAUCGACUGCUACACAGCGAAUCGGGUAUUAAAUCAUGUUCCUCAAACUGA